UGGUAGAAAUUGAAUUAUUUUUUUUUAUAUUCUAUACAAAAACAAAACUCCAUGCGGCUAAAUGGCAUUUAUCAAUUCUUUUCUGUAUCUGUUUGUUAUAAAUAUAAAUUAAAAUUUGAGUAUAAUUUUUCUUCUUCCGUUCAUACGCAUUUCAUAUUUCAUACAUUCCACAUAUAUUAUAUGGUAUAUGGAGUUAGAUAAAAUUUCAUGUGAUUCAGUAAACAGAAUAGAAAUUCAAUUCCAUCAUUAUUAGAUCGAUUCGUAGGAUUCGAUGAAGAAUGAAAAAAGAAUGGGAUUUUUUUGAGAAAUGGGAAAUUCAAAAUGCUCGGGGAUGAAAAUGGGGAAAUGUCUACAAUACCUGGGUUGAAUCAGAUACAAUUUGAAGGAUUUUGUGGGUUCAUGGAUCGGGGCUUAACAGAAGAACUUUAUAAGUUUCCAAAAAUUGAAGAUACAGAGCAAGAAAUUGAAUUUCAAUUAUUUGUGGAAACAUAUCAAUUGGUGGAACCGUUGAUAAAAGAAAGGGAUGCUGUAUAUGAAUCACUCACAUAUUCUUCUGAAUUAUAUGUAUCCGCAGGAUUAAUUUGGAAAACCAGUAAGGAUAUGCAAGAACAAACAAUUUUUAUUGGAAACAUUCCUUUAAUGAACUCCCUCGGAACUUCUAUAGUAAAUGGAAUAUACAGAAUUGUGAUCAAUCAAAUAUUGCAAAGCCCCGGUAUCUAUUAUCGAUCAGAAUUGGAUCAUAACGGAAUUUCGGUCUAUACUGGUACCAUAAUAUCAGAUUGGGGAGGGAGGUUAGAAUUAGAGAUUGAUAGAAAAGCAAGGAUAUGGGCUCGUGUAAGUAGGAAACAGAAAAUAUCUAUUCUAGUUCUAUCAUCAGCUAUGGGUUCGAAUCUAAGAGAAAUUCUAGAGAAUGUUUGCUACCCUGAGAUUUUCUUGUCUUUCCUGACCGAUAAGGAAAAAAAAAAAAUUGGGUCAAAAGAAAAUGCCAUUUUGGAGUUUUAUCAACAAUUUUCUUGUGUAGGCGGGGAUCCGGUAUUUUCUGAAUCCUUGUGUAAGGAAUUACAAAAGAAAUUCUUUCAGCAAAGAUGUGAAUUAGGAAGGAUUGGUCGACGAAAUAUGAACCAGAGAUUGAAUCUUAAUAUACCUCAGAACAAUACAUUUUUGUUACCGCGAGAUAUAUUGGCAGCUGCGGAUCGUUUGAUUGGAAUGAAAUUUGGAAUGGGUACACUUGACGAUAUGAAUCAUUUGAAAAAUAAGCGUAUUCGUUCUGUAGCGGAUCUCUUACAAGAUCAAUUCGGAUUGGCUCUGGUUCGUUUAGAAAAUGUAGUUAGAGGAACUAUAUGCGGAGCAAUUAGGCAUAAAUUGAUACCGACUCCUCAGAAUUUGGUAACUUCGACUCCAUUAACAACCACUUAUGAAUCCUUUUUCGGAUUACACCCAUUGUCUCAAGUUUUGGAUCGAACAAAUCCAUUGACACAAAUAGUGCAUGGGAGAAAAUUGAGUUAUUUGGGCCCCGGAGGAUUGACCGGGCGAACUGCUAAUUUUCGGAUACGAGAUAUCCAUCCUAGUCACUAUGGACGCAUUUGCCCAAUUGACACGUCUGAAGGGAUCAAUGUUGGACUUAUCGGAUCCUUAGCAAUUCAUGCCAGGAUUGGUCAUUGGGGGUCUCUAGAAAGUCCAUUUUAUAAAAUCUUUGAGAGAUCAAAAAAAGCACAGAUGCUUUAUUUAUCCCCAAGUCGAGAUGAAUAUUAUAUGGUAGCGGCAGGAAAUUCUUUGGCCUUGAAUCAGGGUAUUCAGGAAGAACAGGUUGUUCCGGCUCGAUACCGCCAAGAAUUCCUGACUAUUGCAUGGGAACAAGUUCAUCUUCGAAGUAUUUUUCCUUUUCAAUAUUUUUCUAUUGGAGCUUCCCUCAUUCCUUUUAUCGAGCAUAAUGACGCGAAUCGGGCUUUAAUGAGUUCUAAUAUGCAACGCCAAGCAGUUCCGCUUUCUCGUUCCGAGAAGUGCAUUGGAACUGGGUUGGAACGCCAAGUGGCUCUAGAUUCAGGAGUUCCCGCUAUAGCCGAUCACGAGGGAAAGAUCAUUUCCACCGAUACUGACAAGAUUAUUUUAUCGGGCAAUGGAGAUGCUCUAGGCAUUCCAUUAGUUAUGUAUCAACGUUCCAACAAAAAUACUUGUAUGCAUCAAACUGCCCGGGUUCGGCGGGGUAAAUGCAUUAAAAAGGGGCAAAUUUUAGCGGACGGUGCCGCUACGGUUGGUGGCGAACUCGCUUUGGGCAAAAACGUACUAGUAGCUUAUAUGCCAUGGGAAGGUUACAAUUUUGAGGAUGCGGUACUCAUUAGCGAGCGUCUAGUAUAUGAAGAUAUUUAUACUUCUUUUCACAUACGAAAAUAUGAAAUUCAGACUCAUGUGACAAGCCAAGGUCCUGAAAGAAUCACUAACGAAAUACCGCACCUAGAAGCCCAUUUACUCCGCAAUUUAGAAAAUGGAAUUGUGAUGCUGG